CAGAGGGAGAGGUGGAAGGAGGUUUGUUGGAGGGUUGGAUGGUGGCAUAGAGGGGAAGCAAGCUUCAGAAAUCUCCAAGCUCCUACCUUUGAGGAAGAAAUCUACCCCUCUGUGCUACUUUUGAGCCUUUUUCAGCUACAGUCUGGGAAGGUAUCAGGCUUUGUUGUGAACAUCUUCUUAGCAGUACUUUGAAUUCCCACUGUAGCUAAGACUGGAGCUUUCAUCAUGAGGAACUUGUACAUAUCUGUAGUUCUGCUGCAGCUCAUCGGGACUUGUUUAUGCCAAUACCCUCGCCCUUGCGCCAACUCAGAGGGACUACGGACCAAAGAGUGUUGUCCGGUGUGGGAUGGUGAUGGCUCAGCUUGUGGUGCCAUGUCAGGCCGUGGUUUCUGCACAGAGGUGGAGGUCUCCGAAGAGCCUCAUGGGCCCCAGUACCCACACAGUGGGAUUGACGACAGAGAGCGUUGGCCUUUAGCUUUCUUUAACCGGACUUGUCAUUGUGCUGGAAACUAUGGAGGUUAUAAUUGCGGCGAAUGCAGGUUUGGUUACUGGGGUUCAAACUGUGCUGAGUACAGGGAGUCUGUGCGCAGGAACAUCCUGACCAUGUCACCGGCUGAGCAACAGAAGUUCAUCUCUUAUCUGAACCUGGCAAAGAAUACCAUCAACCGUGACUAUGUGAUCUCAACGGCAACAAGAGCAGAGAUGGGUGAAAACGGUGAGAACCCCAUGUUCUCUGACAUCAACUCCUAUGAUCUGUUUGUGUGGAUGCACUACUACGUGUCCCGGGAUGCCUUCUUGGGAGGGCCAGGGAACGUGUGGAGAGACAUUGACUUUGCCCAUGAAUCUGCUGCAUUUCUACCCUGGCACCGAGUCUACCUGCUCCACUGGGAGAAUGAGAUAAGAAAGCUGACUGGAGAUUUUAACUUCACCAUUCCAUACUGGGACUGGAGGGAUGCCCAGACCUGUGAGGUAUGCACCGACGCUCUGAUGGGCGGCCGCAGCCCCCUCAAUCCCAACCUCAUCAGCCCUGCUUCAGUCUUCUCCUCAUGGAAGGUGAUCUGCACCGAUCCCGAAGAGUACAACAGUAGAGAGGCCUUGUGUAACGCCACAGGAGAGGGUCCAUUGCUGCGCAACCCAGGCAACCAUGACCGCAACCGUGUGCCGAGACUCCCCACAACAGCUGAUGUGGAUUUCACUGUGGGCCUCUCUGAGUACGAGUCGGGAUCCAUGGACAGAUUCGCCAAUAGGAGCUUCAGAAACGUCGUAGAGGGCUUUGCCAGUCCGACGUCAGGUAUGGCAGUGCCAGGCCAGAGCACCAUGCACAACGCCUUGCAUGUCUUCAUGAACGGCUCCAUGUCCUCAGUGCAGGGUUCAGCCAACGACCCCAUAUUCCUGCUGCACCAUGCUUUUAUUGACAGCAUCUUUGAGCGCUGGCUCAGAACCCACCAGCCUCUCCGCACCCACUACCCACGUUCCAAUGCCCCCAUCGGCCACAAUGAUGGUUACUACAUGGUGCCCUUCAUGCCUCUUAGAAACGGAGACUACUUCCUGUCCAAUAAGGCUCUAGGAUUUGAGUAUGCCUACCUGUUGGACCCUGGCCAGAGGUUUGUUCAGGAGUAUCUGACGCCAUACCUCGAGCAGGCCCAGCAAAUCUGGCAGUGGCUGCUGGGAGCUGGGAUCCUCGGGGCAUUGAUCGCUGCAAUACUUGCUGCAGUGCUUAUUGUUGCGAGAAGGAAGUGGAAGCGUAACCAGAGGAGGAAGAGGGUGCCGAGCUUUGGAGAGAGACAGCCAUUACUGCAGAGCAGCUCAGAGGAAGGCUCAUCUUCAUAUCAGACUACUCUCUAACUCGCACUGAUACUGUAAACACACACACACACACACACACACACACACACACACAUACAACAUGAACUAUUAGGGACCGUAUUUUUUUAUGAAGCAAGUAAACCCAGGUGCAAGGUAGAAUGUGUUAUUGAGCUCGAGUGGAAUAUUUUAAAACAGUAUCUAGCAGAUCAUUUUUCUGUGUCCUUGAAUUUGAGAUAAUUACUGCCAAAACGAUGGCAUCCCGAUACAGUGCAGUUAAUUUAAUUAUGGUAAAAGAAUGGAUAAAUGUCGGCAACAUGUCUUAGAAGAAACAAGAGUGAGGUUUAAAAAGUUUACCAAAAAUAGCAUUUUCAUAUAUAUAUAUUUUGGUAUUACGGUGAACAAAACCUUUGAAGAGAGGGACCAAAUCAAAUUGAGAUUGUGGACAAGAAACAGGUACCCAACAUCUGGGAAAUACUCCAAUAGUUCAUACUUCCACCAGAUAUUUAAAAAAAUAUUUUGACCUCAAACCUAUCAAUUGUUGUUCGAUUGUUCAAUUAUAAAAUCAAUCUUUUGUCAGCGUUAAAAUGAACAUGGAAGUAUUUUCUACAGUUCACCACAGUGUUUUCUUAUAUUUGUACAUUGACUUGUGUCAGCUUUCCUUUGAGUACAUUUACUGAAAUGAUUUCUCUCAAUGAAAGUCUCCCACAUGCUCUCUUGUGUGAUACCGAUGGUGCUAAAGGACCACAGCAGUGUGCUUUGAGAAGAGACUGUGAUCAGAGGAGUAUGAGGCAUCGUGAUUACAAAUCAUGAGUUGUGUACUGUAUGCUGCAUUAAAAUCUAACAAUAAGA